AUGAUGAGCUCUAUAGUCUCAUGGUGGUUUUUUUGGGUAAUCAGUGCUGUAUGUAUUCUCAAAGUGGAGUUUAACAUUGUGGAAGGAGGAGCCUAUGAAGAGACUAAGGUCCACAUAGUAUACCUUGGUGAAAAGGAGCAUAAUGAUCCUGAGCUUGUAACCAGCUCGCAUCUCAGAAUGUUAGAAUCCCUACUCGGAAGCAAAAAAGACGCUAGUGAGUCCAUAGUUCAUAGUUAUCGGAAUGGUUUCUCCGGCUUUGCUGCCCAUCUUACGGAUUCCCAAGCGGAACAAAUCUCAGAGCAUCCAGAUGUAGUUCAAGUAACGCCCAAUACUUUCUAUGAGCUGCAAACGACAAGGACAUUUGAUUACUUGGGGCUUUCUCAUAGUACACCAAAAGGACUUCUUCAUGAAGCCAAGAUGGGCGAGGACAUCAUCAUCGGUGUCUUGGACUCAGGUGUGUGGCCAGAGUCACAGUCGUUCAAUGACAAAGGCUUGGGGCCGAUCCCAAAACGGUGGAAAGGGAUGUGCGUGGACGGUGAAGAUUUCGACUCGAAGAAGCAUUGCAACAAGAAGUUGAUAGGAGCGAGGUAUUACAUGGAUAGUCUAUUCCGAAGGAACAAAACGGAUAGCGGAAUACCGGACACGGAGUACAUGUCCGCAAGGGAAAGCUUGCCUCACGGGACCCACGUGGCCUCCACAGCUGGGGGAUCUUUCGUCUCAAAUGUGAGUGACAACGGGUUUGGAGUGGGUACAAUAAGAGGAGGAGCCCCUAGGGCUCGUAUCGCGGUCUACAAAGUGUGUUGGCAAAGAGUAGACCGCACCUGCGCAAGCGCCGACAUAAUCAAAGCGAUGGACGACGCCAUAGCCGAUGGAGUGGACUUGAUAACGAUCUCAAUAGGCAGGCCAAACCCUGUGCUGACUGAAGUUGACGUGUAUAAUCAAAUCUCGUAUGGAGCAUUCCAUGCAGUCGCCAAAGGUAUUCCAGUUCUCAGUGCGGGUGGAAACUUUGGGCCUGGGGCUUACACCGUCCAAAACAUAGCUCCAUGGAUCAUAACAGUGGCUGCCACCACUCUAGACCGAUGGUAUCCCACACCUUUGACACUAGGCAACAAUGUGACCUUAAUGGCACGGACCCCGUACAAGGGCAAUGAGAUUCAAGGAGAUCUAAUGUUCGUAUAUAGCCCGGACGAGAUGACGAGUGCAGCAAAGGGAAAAGUGGUGCUAACUUUCACGACUGGAAGUGAAGAAAGCCAGGCAGGUUAUGUAACUAAACUUUUUCAGGUUGAAGCAAAGUCUGUAAUUAUUGCCGCCAAAAGAAAUGAUGUCAUCAAAGUUUCCGAAGGUCUUCCUAUUAUCAUGGUCGACUAUGAACAUGGAUCUACCAUAUGGAAGUACCUAAGUAUCACCAGAAUGCCCACCAUAAAAAUAAGUUCUGCCAUCGCGCUCAACGGGCGUCUUGUAGCCACAAAGGUUGCUGAUUUUUCAGGGAGAGGACCCAAUUCCAUAUCUCCAUACGUUCUCAAGCCUGAUGUAGCGGCUCCAGGUGUGGCCAUAGUGGCAGCUAGUACCCCAGAAAGUAUGGGUACUGAGGAAGGAUUCGCUAUUCAGUCAGGAACUUCAAUGUCAACACCAGUAGUUGCUGGUUUAGUUGCACUACUUCGAGCUGUGCAUCCUGAUUGGUCUCCAGCUGCGCUUAAAUCAGCUCUCAUCACUACAGCUUCCACAACGGAUCCCUACGGAGAACCUAUCUUCUCAGAAGGAAUGACACGAAAACUAGCCGACCCAUUUGACUUCGGAGGAGGACUAGUGAACCCAAACAAAGCAGCCGACCCUGGUCUUGUCUACGAUAUAAGCGCAGAAGACUAUAGGCUUUUUCUAUGUGCAUCCCAUUAUGACGAGAAACAAAUAACCAAAAUAUCAAAGACACAUACACCAUAUCGAUGUCCGAGUCCAAAGCCUUCUAUGCUUGAUCUUAAUUUGCCUUCCAUAACCAUUCCAUUCCUCAAGGAAGAUGUGACUCUCACUAGAACCGUCACCAACGUCGGACCCGUUGACUCUGUCUACAAACUCAUCGUUGAACCUCCUUUGGGUGUCAAAAUCUCUGUUACACCCAACACACUGCUCUUUAACUCCAAUGUAAAGAUACUCAGCUAUAAGGUCACUGUCUCCACAACUCACAAAUCCAACUCGAUUUACUAUUUUGGGAGCUUGACUUGGACUGAUGGAUCUCACAAAGUCACUAUCCCAUUAUCUGUCAGGACACAAAUGUUGAUGUACUUCGACCAGUGA